CCCUCUCAUUCCACGCGUCUGUCAUCUUUUUCCUUUUUCUUCGUUGUUGUGCCCUCCAGUUGGACCACUGGAAUUUUCCUCUGGUUUUUAUCGGAAUUGGAUUCUCUUCUGAGCUCGGAAUUGGAUUCUCUCCUGAACACAAACUCAGAAGCUUGUUGAUGGUUUGUUGAAUUUUAAUUCAACGAUUAUAAACAGAGAAUUUCUUUAAAAAUUAUGAUAAUUAUAAUUCUUAAAUCAAAAUCCAACGAUUAGCAAGCUCCUGAGCUUGUGUACAUAAAGAGAAUCCAAUUCCGUUUCUAUCACCCGUCCAAUCCAUCUGACUCAUCAUUGCACUCCCACCAAUUCCUCUCUCCCUCUCUCCCACGCGUCAUUUACUCUCUUAUUACACUCAGACUCCCCCAUCUCCCAAUACGGUCAUUCUCUCUCAUACCAUCUGUCCCCCUCUGCAACUCUCCUUCUCCCUCUCGGCAAAACCGAGAACUACCACCGUAUCACCUCCAAACACCACCCAAACUCACCCAACAGCGAAGGGGUCAAGGCGGUGGAGAAGUGUGUUAAUGGUUUUGUGUUCUUCUUGAUAAUUCUAUUCUCAACUUCAUUGGUAGUGACACACAACAACAAUUAUGUGCUCCAAAUGUUUGCAAAUUCAAGAACACUGAAGCAAAUUAUUCUCUCCAUAGUGCUCAAGUCGCUGACAGCUGGCAUGCUAAUGCUAUUUUCCAACAAAACUUUAUUUAAACUAUUUUUUUAAACAUACACAAGGACAACCGGUGGCAAGUCAUAGUUAUUCAUUCCUUUUGGGAACCGAAAAGAUUCACAGAAGCAUUUCAACCUCUUAUCGCCACAAUCAAGCAGACUCACCAGCUAUAUCAACAUUGAAUAAUAAUGAUGCCUCAUACAACGUUCACUAUCUAGCUAAGAAUGUUGAUGGUGGUGAAGUCCUGCUGAAUUGCUGAAAAAACGUCCUCUCCAAUUGGUACAAAACCCAACUCCAAUCCACACAACAAUAAAAUAAAUAAAUAAAACUAGAACAACCGAUUUGCAUUGGUGCUCCAAGGAACGUAAAUAUUGAAGAUCAACUCACUUCAUCCAUAACCAAUAGAGCUAAGGCAGGCAUGGAGAUUGUUAAUCAAAUUGUCGAAAAAGUUGCCGAGUAUGCAGUUGAACCAGCUAUACGCCAAGUGGGUUACCUACUUCACUGCAAAAGAAACCUCGAGAGUCUACAGACUCAAGUGAACGAAUUGAGUGCCGCUAAAGAGCGGCUAGAGCGCGAGGUUGUUGGAGCUGAAGAAAAAGGUGAAAAAAUCCACACUGACGUCCUGAACUGGCGGAAAAGCGUGGUUGAGAUCACCGAGAAGGCGAACGAAUUAUGCAAGCCUGAUACGCAAGCAAAGAUGAGCUGUCUCCGUGGGGUCUGUCCAAACCCGGUGCUCCGUUACAAGCUAGGCAGGAGAUCAACAAAGUUGGAGCAGGCGGUUGUUGAGCUCUACGCAAGAAGAGAUUUCGCUAUCAUUUCGUACAAUGUCCGCCCACAAGAGGUAUCCAUGGUUUCUCACAAACAGUAUGAGGUAUUUGAUUCGCGGACUUCAAUUGUAAAGGAAAUCAUGGAUGAACUGAGAAUUCCUAAUACCGACCUGAUUUUGGUGUAUGGUAUUGGAGGCGUGGGGAAGACCACACUGGUUGAAGAAGUCCUUAGGCAAGCUGUAAAAGAAAAGUUAUUUGUUGAUGCGGUUAUGGUAAGAAGUGUGCAAAAUCUGGACCUUGAAGGAAUUCAAAAAGAAAUUGCCAGAAAGUUAGGUAUGGAAGUUUAUGAAAGCGAAACUAUGUCAGACAGAGCACUUCGUCUGUGUAACAGGAUAAAAGCCAAGAAAGUUCUUGUAAUUUUAGACAACAUUUGGGAAAGCAUUGACUUGCAGAGUGUAGGACUUCCUUGUCUGCCGACUUGUAGAAUACUGUUGACAUCCAGAACUCGAAAAUUGCUAUCCUCAGAGAAGCGGUUGCAAAAAGACUUUGCGUUUCAAGUUUUAAAUGAGGAAGAAGCUUGGCGUUUAUUUGAGACGAAGGCAGGUGGUGUUGUUAAAAAUCCCAACAUACAAACUAUGGCAACUGAAGUAGCCAAAAAAUGCGGAGGUUUGCCAGUUUUGGUUGUCACAGUCGCAAGCUCUAUAAGAAAUAGAAGUACUUUACCAGUAUGGAGGGAUGGCUUGAGGUGCCUAAAAGUGUUUGACAACGAACACUCAAGCGAACAAGAAGCAUACUCGGCUUUAGAGUGGAGUUACAAUCAAUUGGAUGAUCAAAAGCUUAAGCCCCUAUUCUUGAUAUGUGGAAUUUUGGUACGUCUUGGGGGAGCCUAUGCUACUUUGACAAACUUGUUGAAAUAUACAAUUGGUUUGGGUUUGUUUAAUAGCAUUGACUCAGUGGAGCACGCACAAUAUGCAUUGCACUCGUGGAUUGAAGAGCUUAAGGAUUCUUGUUUGUUACUCGAAUCCGAGGAUAAUACAUCAUUCACAAUGCAUGAUAUGGUACGCGAUGUUGCCAUCUCGAUUGCAUCCAAAGGCCAACGUGCCUUAUUAAGAACAUAUGGAGAUGAGUUGAAGGAAUGGCCAAACAAUAAGGAUUUUUUGGAAAAUUGCACAAUGAUCUCUUUGCCUUGCAAAAACAAGCCUAGGCUUCCUGAAGUUUUGAAAUGCCAACAACUGGAGUUAUUUCAUUUGCAAUAUGAUGGUGACUUGCUUGAAAUCCCAGGUAACUUUUUUGAGGAGAUGAGAAAGCUUAAAGUUAUGGAUUUUACCAAUGUGCAUAUUUGGUCGUUACCUCCAUCUCUUCUGCUCCUAGAAAAUCUUCGUACAUUGUGUUUGGAUCAAUGCGUGUUGGGAGACAUAACUCUAGUCGGACAGCUAUCGCAACUAGAAAUUCUCAGCUUUAUAUAUUCCAAGCUUAAAGAGUUGCCGAAAGAAAUAGGGAAAUUGACUCGUCUUCGACUACUCGAUUUAAGCUGGUGCUCUGAACUCAAAGUGAUUUCACCUAAUGUUAUAUCAAGUUUGAAAAGUCUAGAAGACUUGAGAAUGAAAAACAGCUUCACCGGAUGGGUGCCAGAAGGAGUCACCGGAGAAAGAAGUAAUGCUAGCAUUUUGGAACUGAAGGACUUGCCUCGUUUAGCUGCAUUAAGCAUACAUGUUCCAGAUGCUAGCAGUAUUCCGACGGACUUGUUCACAGACAAGUUAAAAAGAUACCAAAUACUAAUCGGCACUGCGCCAAAAUGGGACGAUGUGGAUGAAACCCUCAAUACAUUGAAGCUCCACCUCCCAACUGGCUGUGAAUUGGACCAUGGUCUAGAAAUGUUGUUGAAGAGAUCAUGUGAAGAUUUGUACUUGGAUGGGUCGGAGGGAGCUGAUAAUGUUGUGUACCACUCAGGUAGUGAAGAUUUUCAACAACUCAAGCAUCUCCAUGUGAAAAACAAUGCCCAAUUUACACAUAUCAUUACUGAGGAGGUUGUGUUGCCGAACUUAACAAGCUUGGUGGUGGAUCAAUGUACUGGUUUAACUUUUGUGUUAUCGUCUCCCAUGGCUAGGAAUCUUGUACAACUUAAAAAACUAGAGAUAACCGGAUGUGAAUCAAUGGAAGAGAUAGUUUCAACAAAAGAAUAUGGUGAAGAAAAAACGGAUGGCAUGUUUUGUAAGCUACAACAUAUGAAGCUAAGAGAUCUUCCAAAACUCUCUAGAUUCUGCUCACUAAGUUGUAAUGUCCAGUUUCCAUCUUUGGAGAGUUUGAAAUUGAAGAAUUGUACAGAACUGAAGGGAUUUGUCUUUGAACCUAAACUUGAGACUGAAGAACUAUACUUUCUUUUUGACGACAAGGUAGGGUUUCCAAAGUUGGAGAUAUUGUCCAUCUUUAGGCUAUCUACUUUGACUACAGUAUGGCACAACCAACUUGCUCCAGACUCUUUCUACAAACUUAGAGAUGUUGAAGUUAUCGAAUGCCAUAGUCUAAUAAGCAUCUUUACACCUAGCAUUGCAGGAAGAUUGAAUGCUUUAGGAAGUUUAUUGAUAAGUUCGUGCAGUUGUUUAGAGGUGGUUUUUGAGAUCGAAGAAACACCUUACACCUUUACGACUCAGUUGAAAAUGUCUGGUUGUGAAAAUCUAGAUUCGGUAUUUAUAGAUGACUGUAAGAGUCUGAAAUAUAUUUUUCCAUGCUCAGUGGCUAGAGGUCUUCAGCAACUACGAGAGCUAAAAGUGAAGUUCUGUUCUGGAGUGGAGGAAAUAAUUUCCAAGGAAGAGGGACUAGAAAUGAUGCCGAAGUUUGUGUUUCCAAAAUCAACAAAUAUUGAAUUUAUCUGUCUAGCCCAACUUAAGAGCUUCUAUCCAGGAAUGCAUGCUUCCGAAUGGCCGCUACUCGAACAAGUGGAUGUGAAGGAAUGUGGUAAAUUGGACAUUUUUGCCUCUGAAAUUUCAAGUUUCCAGAAGCAUGAGUUUGGAGGUCUUUACACUCCAAUUAAACACUCUCUGUUCUUAAUUGACAAGGAUGCAUCAUUCCCCAACUUGGAAAACAUGAACUUAGGCAGAGACAUGGAGAUAUGGUGUGGUCCAUCCUCAUCACAGUUGUUUAGGAAACUAAAAUCGUUGGUGUUUGAGUACUCCGACCAGAAAGUUUCUUUAUUUGAGAAUAGUGUACAUCCAGAUGUGACCUUCCCACAUUUAAGUGUUUUGAAGCUUAAGGAAAUGCGGAAGUUGAGGCAUCUACACAACGAGAAUUUCCCAGGGGCAGACCCAGUUUUUCCAAACUUGAAAGUUCUACAUGUGGUUGCUUGUGCUGCAUUGAAGGAUCCGGUGUUAUCUGCUAUUCCCUUCAAGAAUUUAACAACUUUGGAAGUAGUUGGUUGUCAUAGAUUGAAAUAUUUGACAACUUACACUAUAGCCAAAACUUUAAAGCGGCUAAGAGAAAUGACGGUUGGGCAUUGUAAAAGAAUGAGAGGAAUAGGGGCAACGACAUCAGAUGCAGAUGAUGCAGAAAAUGAUGGUGAGAUUUGUUUUAGCCAGUUGCAAAGUUUGAAACUUUACUCUCUACCACGUCUGCAAGAUUUCUUCUCUGGAAAUUGCAUUGUCAAAUUCCGAUCCUUGAAAACCGUACAUAUAUACAAAUGCCCUGAGUUGAAGAUUAACUACCUUGAGUGGAAGAGUUCCCCAGAACUAGGAGUGCAGAUAACAGAGGAGGUAGUACGAGAUUAUUAUUGGUGUCGCAAGGACGAUGACGACGACAAUGAAGGUGAUGCAGAUGGUGGUCUUGGUGAUGGUAAUGAAUCUAAUGAUGAUGUUUACGGUAGAUGGUGAUGAUAUUUCUGAUGACGGAAGCUAUGAAGAUUCUAAUGGCGAUAGUGAUGGUGAUGCAGAUAUUGAUGAUGGGGGGUGGUGGUCGUCGUGGUGGUGAUGACAAUGCUACACUUAGCAUAUAUGAAAGCAAUAGUUUUCUUCUUAACGAGAAAUUUUUCAUAGGGACGGGAAUACAAGUGGUAUACCACAUGUUUAAAUAGAAGUAGUGAGAAAUUUUAUUUUUUAAGUUAUUAACUUUUUAGCACACAUAUCCCACCAUUUGUAUAAUGACACGUGGUGUAUCAUCCCGUGUACCGGUCAUACUGAAAUUUUCUCCUUGGUAACAUGUUUGUUAUUUUUAUCUGUAAA